AUGUUAGUCUCGAAGCUCUGGUUAAACACACACAAGGGUUUAUACGAAGCACUUCGUGACUCAGUCCAACGGGGCACAUCAGGGGACCAGCACCUCGCCGAACUGUUCCUCUUUGACUUUGAACAGAGUGGCAUCCAACUGGAAGAGGGCCCGAGGAAAAGAGUUGUCGCUCUCAAUGACUUGAUCCUGCAAACUGGACAGAGGUUCAUGGCUGGAGCUGCUAAGCCUAGGAAGGUGAAUAGGCAGGUUGUACCUGCUAAUAUCAGGCAAUUUUUCAGCACAGAAGGCGACAACAUAAUAGUGAGCGGCGUUUACGCAGAGUGCGGCGAGGCGGCGGCGCGCGAGGCGGCCUACCGCCUGUACCUGGCGCCCGACGCGGCCCAGGACCGCCUGCUCACCACCACCCUGGAUGCUCGCCUGGAGAUGGCGGCCGUCUGCGGCUUCCAGUGCUACGCCGACAGAGCAAUAAAAGCUAGUACGAUGGAAACCGCGUCAAACGUGCGCCAGUUCCUUGAUAUACUCUCCGACAAUCUCUACGAUCGCGCCAGAAUUGACUUCGAUGCUAUGCUCAAAAUGAAAAGGAAGGAGACGCCUUAUCAGGACACUCUCAUGUGCUGGGACACGCCAUACUUCACGCAUAAAGCCAAGACACAGCUGCUAAAUGUGGCUAACUCGGACUUCAGUCCUUACUUCUCGCUGGGCGGGUGUAUGGAAGGCCUGAAUAUGCUGUGCCAGGAGUUGUAUGGAAUCAGCUUGGUUUCUGAAGAGAUGUUGCCAGGCGAGUCGUGGUCGCCCGACGUGUAUAAGCUGGCUGUAGUUCACGAGAGCGAAGGCCUACUGGGGCACAUCUACUGUGACCUGUACGAGCGGCCCGGCAAGCCGCACCAGGACUGCCACUUCACCAUCCAGGGCGGGAAGCAGCUGCCCGACGGCUCGUACCAGAAUCCGAUAGUGGUAGUGAUGUUGUCCCUAAGCGGCGGGCACCGCUCGGGCCCGGCGCUGCUGUCUGCCGGCGCCGUGGACAACCUGUUCCACGAGGCGGGCCACGCGCUGCACAGCAUGCUCGGCCGCGCGCGCCACCAGCACGUGGCCGGCACGCGCUGUCCCACCGACCUCGCCGAGCUGCCCAGCGUGCUCAUGGAGUGCUUCGCCGGCAGCCCGCAGGUGCUGCGUCGCUUCGCGCGGCACUUCCAGACGCGCGAGCCGAUGCCCGACGACAUGCUGCACCGGCUCUGCGCCUCCAAGUACUUGUUCGGCGCCAGCGAGAUGCAGUUACAGGUGUUCUACUCGGCGCUGGACCAGCGCUACCACGGGCCGGGCGCGUCGAGCGGCGCGCGCACCACCGACGUGCUGCGCGACGUGCAGCGCCAGUACUACGGCCUGCCCUACGUGCCCAACACGGCGUGGCAGCACCGUUUCAGCCACCUUAUCGGCUACGGGGCGAAGUACUAUUCAUACCUAAUAUCGCGCGCGUGCGCCUGGAGCGUGUGGAAACGGAACUUCGAGCCCGAGCCGCUGUCGCGCGCCGCUGGAGACGCGUUGCGACGCGGCGUGCUGCGACACGGGGGCGCCGUGCCGCCCAAGGCGUUGCUGACUGAUUACUUGGGCACAGAAAUAACUCCGAACUCGCUGGCGAGCGCGCUGGCUGAAGAGCUGGACUACCAUAAGGACCACCUCGACACCGUGCUCAAAGUCAUCAACAAGUGAACACAGAAGUCCUUAAAGCCUUGGGCAGUAGCAGCGCAGUUUGAAUGCGGGCCCGCGCGAGUUGUAAUACAAGAAACUCUUUGAAGUAUGUCAC